CCGCACCCGGUGCCUAUGGAGGGCUCCGACCCGCCGCCAUCGCCUGACAACGGCCCAGACCCGCCGCCAUCACCUGACAACGGCCCCACCCCACCGUCAUCGCCCGAGUACGGCGCCGGCCCGUCCAACGACCUCACAAUCGCACUCCAGAACAGCCGCGAGACCAACUGGCCCAGCACCCUCGCCCACCUCGCGCUGACCGGCACAUCGCCCAGCUCUGAUGACAUCGAGCUCCUGUGCAAUCGCAUGCAAUGUCUCACCACGCUCUGCAUCAUCCGUCCCGCCUCCCCGGUCUCUGCAUCGUUCCUCGCUGGUGUCGCCGCCGCCUCCCGCCUUACCACACUCACCGUCAUCGACUGCCCCAUGACUCCGGACGUGCUGGCUGACAUUGUCGAGUCCUGCACCAGGCUGACCAAGGUGAGGAUUGCUGUCGACUGGGGCACCACUCUCUGGUCCCAGUUUGUCUCUCGCGUCAUCCUGCCCCGCGUGAAUGCCCAGCUCCCGGUCUGGCCCCAGCUCAGCACUCUCGAUCUGCGCGGCUGCCUCCGCUGCAGCGCGAUGGAGGACUACAUCGUCCCGCACCUGCCGCACGCCACCGUCAUGCUUCCGGCCUACUCGCGGGAUGCUGCCUUUGCCUUUUAACCCUUUACGGUACGGAAGACAAACUUGUCCUUCGCACAAGCCGCGCUCCGGCGACGCUCCACAGACGUCGCAACGUCCAUCAAUCGCAGUAAAAGAGUAGUACAAUGC